GAUCUAUUCACCAUCGUCACAUUGCUGGUCGUUUUCAGCGUUGAGGUUCGCUGGAAUGGGGCAUACCCGCAAGAAGAAAAGAGGGCAUAAGAAUAGAACUUCACGAAAAGAGAAGGUAAGUUUAGUGCGAAUUUCCUCACAGUUGCGUAGCGUACAGUGGCAAAAGUAUCUAAAGAGUGUUUAGCCAGACAAUGAGGUCUCGACUUCGUCAUCAAGUGCUCGACAGCACGAGGCGCAGGAAGACGAGGCAUCUGCAUCCGAUUCCGACUCGGACUACGCCAACAACCUGGAUCUAAUUCAGGUGAACCUUAAACGCUCUCCCGCCCGUGUGGGCUACCUGGUCGCCCACCUUCCACAAUGAAUCCUCUGCCAGACGUCAUUGUCAUCCAAGACCCUCCACCAGAGUUCGCUUGGAAAUCAUGUCCAGGCUACAACCCUGAGUACCUCCCAGCAAGGGAGCUUUUGGAAAAAGACAAUCCAAAAACGACAGAGGACCCUUUUCCAGUCAAGCUUGUUGGUUUUUAUGUUACCAAGUCGAUCGAUCCAAGCGACUGGAGGAUCGAUUGGCGGGAACAUGAUAACGACCACUAUGGCUCGGUAGCCUCCUUGUUUCUCAAUACGUCCUGCGGCGAGAUAACGAUCCACAACGUCUACAACAACAAGCAAUCCAUCUCCAUGUCGAAACUAUUGACAGCUUCAGAUCAUCCUGUCACUGGCGAAAGUGCCGUAUUGAUUGGGAACUUCAACCUCCACCACCCGGAAUGGGGUGGAGAUAGGGUUGCGCAAGUUGAGAAAGACGCCGGAAUUCUUCACCAGGCAACAAGCAUGGCAGGCAUGCGAUGCUUGUUGCCACCCGGCCUAAGGACUUACUCACGGUCGGCUACCGACACCGGCGAUUUCUCAACCACGAUUGACUUGGCCUUUGCCGCUCAGAGGCUGGAGUCUCGGGCCCAUCCCACUCGAGUGCUGUCAGUACCUGGAUUCGAUUCAGACCACCGGCCGCUCCAUACCAGGAUCUCCAUUGCGCCCAAUCGAGACAAGGAGCCACGCUUCAACUGGGACAAAGCAAAUGAAAAGAAAUACUGCGAAGAGGUCAAAAAACAAUUGCUCACGAUCGGCUGCCCCACUAUCCGAACUGCAGCUGAGGUUGAUGAUUACGCCAAAGCGCUUGUGCUGGCCAUCUACCAAGCUGUUCGCCGGACCAUUCCCUGCUACAGGAAGACCGCUCCGCGGCCGAAGCCCGAAAUGGACCCGGAAGACGUCCAACGCGCUCGUGAGAACGAGAAGAAUCAGCAUCGCAUUCUGCAUUAGCUUCGAUCUCGACGCAAACAGCGGGGCCAAGAGGAAAAGUGUCGCAUUGCUAAGCGUGAAACCCGUCACGCCACCAAGAUGCACAAGAUGGCUUCGUUUCGAGAGACUAGCCAGGCUUCUCAACUACGGGGUCUUCAUCAAUUAGCGAGGUAGGUUUCGGCGUGGAGUCAACCACAACGACAGGUUCAUCUGAAGAGGCUUAUACGACCCGACGAGUCUGUCUGUCAGACCGAUGACGAAAGCUUGCACUGCUUCAAGGACAAGAUUUGGCCCAAAUCGAGCGAUGCCACUGACCCGCCGGCUCCUGAGGUACCCGAGCUUGACCCCAAACGUCCCCAACUCUUUACUCCUCAGUGUAUCAGCGAUGAGGAGUUGCAUGAGGCAUUCACCUCAGUAGAAAGAGG